AUGUCAUCUGAACCAACCUCUAUUAUUCUUAGUGAAGAAAACGAAUCUACAAAGCCGAAACGAUUACCACGAAGUGCUAAAAAACGUUUACGUUAUGAACGCAUUCGUCAAAAACAUAAAGAAACUCCUAAAAAGAAAAAGAAACCUAAAUCGUCUCAUCAUCAUUUAUCACUUGAGUUGCCAAUCAGUUCUGAUGAUGUUUCAACCACGCAAAAUAUAUCAGUUACAGGAAAAACAUUUAAACGUGCUGCUAAUGAUCGGUUAGCAGAAAUUAAUCAAGAAUCAACAGCACCUGCUAUUUGUAUUGAUUGUGCUUAUAAUGAAGCGAUGUCACCUAAAGAAUUAGCAAGCGUUGCUCGACAAAUUGGACGAUGUUACAGUUCAAAUCGUCGAGCGCAAAAACCUGUUAAACUCAUUCUAACGAACUGGUCUCACGAUAGUCCAUUGGCAGAAGAAUGUCGUCGAGUUACUAACGGUUUUGAUAAUUUUCAAAUAAUCCUCAGUGAUAAGUCCAUUCAUGAAUCUUACCCAACGGAACGUUUGGUUUAUUUGAGUCCAAAUGCUGACAAGCAAUUAACUGAAAUCGAUGAGCAAAAUGUACAUGUUAUAGGUGGCCUUGUUGAUGAAAGUGUUAAAAAAAAUAUGACAUAUCAAGCAUGUCAAGAUAAAAAGAUUGUCUGUUACAAAUUGCCCAUUGAAACUUAUAUGGAACAUUCGAUUGCUGGUGGUUCAUUCAAUCAGAUUCUUUCAAUUAAUCAAGUGUUCGAUAUUUUGAUGACCUAUAUGGCAACAAAAGAUUGGAGACAAGCAUUGAAAGCAAAUAUUCCAGAACGAAAAGGUUGGGUUGUUAAAAAUAUACCAGAUUCGGAGGAGAAUAAAAUAAAAACAGAUUGA